AUGGCCUUCCACACGGUGCUUCAGCUGCUCCUGCUGCUUGCUUGCAGCAGCAGCAGAAUCACGGCUACCACUCCAUUAGCAUGGCGACCAUCCAGUUUGGAAGCUCCAAGAAACAAACAGGGCAUUAGGCUAAGGCAAACCCCAUCUGCCAAAUGUCCAAACAAAUGCGGUGAUCUGCUAAUCGAGUUUCCUUUUGGCAUUGGCCCGGACUGCUUCCGGCACCCUGACUUGGCCGUCAUCUGCAACAAAACCACGAGCCCUCCAAGGCUGUUUCUCAAGGACGGCCUCACCGAGGUUGUUGAUGGCGGCAUCCAAGCUUCAUAUAGAAGUAUUAGUGUCAGCAUCUCAUGGACCAUCUCAACAAGUCCGGCUGUUGAUGUGUACAGUGCAACGUGGAAGGCCCCCGCCAUGAAUUUCUUGCUCGAUCAUUCAUCCGGCAUGAGCUUCACGUCGUGUGACUUCUACACCCACCUGAUCGGAGAUCCGACCGUAAAUCCAGAAAUUCCUUUUUGCACUGGCUGCGAUAGCCUAGGCUCGGACACGCUGUACGGGCAGGGAUGCUACGGGUCGGAUGGCAUAAUUUCUGGUAGCAGUAGGCUCCAGUUCAAGUUUGUCCGCCACAAGGAGGCCCAGGCGCAGCAGCGCCAGAACGUGGAGGUCUUCACUUUGACGGGUUUGGUGUCUUGGAGUAUAUAUGACCAACCGUCAUGCGCGGCUGCUUCCCUAGAUAAGGCCACCUUUGCCUGCACCAGCAACCACAGCUCCUGCUCAUACUCUACCUUCAGUUUUGGUUAUUCAUGCCAUUGUGAUGGUCGGUACAUGGGUAAUCCGUAUGUACUCAAUGGCUGCUCGCGUGAUUACGGAUACAAUCCAUCGGCUCGACGAAAUGUGGCAUGUUCUCGCCGUUGUGGUAAGAUCGAAGUUCCAUUUCCAUUUGGCCUGGAAGAUGGCUGUUCUGCAAGGAAGGAACUUACACUGAACUGCUCAGACCCGUCAACUUCGAAGCUAGUACAAGAACAACAAAAUGUGUGUAUCACAUACAUACGAACAAAUGAGGGGUACAUGGACACGGGAGAGAGCUCUGAUGUAAAUAAUGGAAUCGCUGGCAAUCGUCCAAUCUUCAUUGAUUUUCGAGACUUGGUCAGAGCGCAAUGGGUCGUCGCAUAUCUUACUUGCGAAGAGGCCCGUCAAAAUAUAUCCACAUAUGCAUGUGUUAGCUCCGACAGCAAGUGUGUGUUCCCCAGUGGCACAAGCAUGGGUUACCACUGUAAAUGCAGGGAUGGAUAUGAUGGAAAUCCAUAUAUUACUGGCCCCGGUGGCUGUAAUGGCAAAUGUCAAGGCAUAUGCGAAAACACUAAUGGAACUUACUAUUGUGCAGGUGUUGUUCUUGGGCUUAGUGUCGGAUUCGGACUUUUACUUCUAGGCUUAGGUGCAAUGCUCCUCAUCCGGAGAUGGAGGAGAGACAUUCAAAAGCAACUAAGAACGAAGUAUUUUACAAAGAAUCGUGGCCUUCUUCUACAGCAAUUAAUAUCAUUGAAUGAAGAUGCAAGUGAAAGGACAAAGAUUUUCUCUCUGGAAGAGCUAGACCAGGCGACAAACAACUUUGAUGAUACAAGAAUUCUUGGCAGUGGAGGGCAUGGCAUGGUAUACAAAGGCAUCUUAUCUGACCAGCGUGUGGUGGCUAUAAAAAGAUCUAAGGUCAUUGAGCAAGGAGAGAUUGAUCAGUUCAUCAAUGAGGUUGCCAUCCUUUCACAGGUUAACCACCGAAACAUUGUAAAACUUUACGGUUGUUGCCUUGAAACCGAGGUUCCGCUCCUAGUAUAUGAUUUUGUUCCUAAUGGUUCGUUGUUUGAAAUCCUUCAUUCUGGUUCAAGCAGCAAUUUUUCUUUGUCCUGGGAUGACUGUCUAAGAAUUGCUGCCCAAGCUGCAGGAGCUCUCUUUUAUCUCCACUCUGCAGCCUCCAUAUCAGUUUUUCACCGUGAUGUCAAGUCUUCUAACAUACUCCUAGAUGAAAACUACAACGCAAAAGUUGCUGACUUUGGUGCAUCAAGAUUGGUUGAUAUAGACCAGACUCAUGUUUCCACAAAAGUACAAGGCACGUUUGGGUACCUAGAUCCACAGUAUUGCCAGACUAGGCAGCUAAAUGAGAAAAGUGACGUAUACAGUUUUGGUGUUGUGCUUUUAGAGCUACUUCUCAGAAGGAAGCCUAUUUUCACUAGUGAGACAGGCUCAGCUCAGAAUUUAUCUAGUUACUUUCUUGAGGAGAUGAAGAAUAGACCAUUAAAAGAGAUAGUCGAUCCUCAAGUUCACGAAGCAGCAACUGAGGAAGAAAUCACCAAUUUUGCCUCUCUGGCAGAGAUGUGCUUACAGCUCCGGGGUGAAGAAAGACCUACCAUGAAGACAGUGGUGAUGUCAUUGGAGCUUCUGCAUACGAAUAGGUUGAAGGCAUUUCGUGUCAACCCGGAAACUCAUGGAAGAGCUGAAGCUGGUGUUCAGUCUCACUCAGGUAACACAAUUGAUCCAGUCUCCGCAAAGAGCCAACGAUGUUACAGCUCUGAGCAAGAGUUCAUGUCAUCUGCUAGCAUAUGA